AUGCCUCCCCGAAAAGCUGCUGCUGCUGCUUCCAAGAACCCCCCAUCACCACCGCCCCCAGCUCCACGUGAGGAGGAGGAGGAGGAGCAGGAUGAGAGUACCGUGACGGUUCCCCCACAGCUGUUGCAGCGUAUGCUCCAGGAGUUCUUCGAGGAGAAAAAGAAGACGAGAAUCUCUCAGCCAGCGUUGAACGCGGCCGGGGAGUAUACGAAAACAUUUAUUCGGGAGGCAAUAUGGAGGGCUGCUGCCAUUAGGAAAGAGAGCGGGCAGGACCCUGGCGGGGUUAAGAAUAUGGGUGCUUUUUUGGAGGUUGAAGAUCUAGAGAAAUUGACGCCGCAGCUUUUGCUGGACUUUUGA